AUCUCUCUGUCUCUGUCUCUCUCUCUCCUAGCGCACGAUAUAAAACCUCACGUUUCCGCCCUCCCUCCCGCUUUCUUUCUCACUUCGUGCUCUCUCUCUGUCUUUCUUUCUUUCUCUCUGAUGGCCUCCAACGCCAACAGCAACAUGCACUCACCAACCUAUUCAUCCGACCCUACCUCACCCAACACCACCUUCGUCCAAGCCGACCCCUCAACCUUCCGGGCGGUGGUCCAGAGACUAACCGGAGCCCCAGACGACCCGUCAGCGCAAAAGCUCCCUCUCACCGGCAAACCCAAACCCGCGGGAACCAUUUCGGCCGCCGAAAUGGGUCCCAGAAAACCCGCCUUCAAGCUCCACGAGCGCAGGCACGCCACCAAAAAGCUGGAGCUCGACAUCGACCACUCUACCGCUUUCAACAAACACUGCAUGGGCAGGGCCAACUUCAACAACUUGGGCCCUUCCGGGCCUCCCCUAAGGCCCAUGAUCUUCUCCCCCGUGUCGCCUCUGGAGUUCUACGCGCGUGGGAGCCCGAGGACGCCGCGCGAGGUGGAGGAAGAGGAAGAGAGAGCCAUUGCCGAGAAGGGUUUCUACUUGCACCCGAGCCCUCUCAGUACCCCAAGAGGGUCCGACCCGCCUGAGCUUUUGCCUUUGUUCCCUCUCCAAUCUCCUUCCGAUCAUCAUUCCUAAUUCUUCUUCUUCUUCUUCUUCUUCUUCUUG